GGUAUUUCCUCCUUCCUGGGUUGGUGUUGAGUUUUUGCUGGUGGGGGCAGCUGGAGGUUUGAUGUCCCGGUGUCGGGGGGGGUGAGGUUGGUCAGUGAUCUCCGGCUAUAGAGAGCACGGUGACAACCCCUCACUGAUCCCGUUCCCCUCCACCUCGGCGGGUUAUAGGAGGACAUCGCCUUCCCGGCUGUAAGGGGGAAGGUGAGGAGGGGGAUGUGACAGGUACCUGAGGCUGACGCAGUUGGCGGACCAGCGCGGGGGAGGUCUUUGGGUUUUCGGGCCCGGUUGCUCUGACCAUGGCCUCGGGGAAGUCGGUGCUGUGCAGCGUCGCCAGCAUUUACCUGAGCGGCUUCUGCGUCUUUCUGAUGGUCGAUGUCUACGCCCGGCCGACCAACAACUCGGCCGUCAAGCGGGAGAAGCCGGGCGCCAGGCUGGAUGAAAACGAGAUCCAACCCCCGAACCACCUGAGCGGGCUCAAACUGGAGAAGGGGGGUAUCCUGAACAAGGAUUUCCAUCAGGAGGUCUUCCUGGGCAAGGAGAUGGACGAGUUUGAGGCGGACUCCGAGCCCGUCAGAAACCGAAAGAAGCUCAUUGCCAUUUUUGAAAAGGUUGAUAUCAAUGUCGACAAGAAAAUUAGUGCGAGUGAGAUGCAGCGAUGGAUCAUGGAAAAAACCGAGGAGCAUUUCCAACAGGCCAAUGAAGAGAACAAACUGCAUUUCAAAGCUGUUGAUCCUGAUGGAGAUGGUCAGGUGUCCUGGGAUGAGUAUCGAAUCAAAUUUCUUGCAAGUAAAGGGUUUAAUGAGGAAGAGGUUGCAGAGAAAAUCAAGAACAAUGAAGAACUGAAGAUUGAUGAAGAAACUCAGGAACUUCUGGAUAACCUGAAAGAUCGGUGGUUUCAGGCUGAUGAGCCUCCAGCAAACCAUCUCCUGAAUGAAGAAGAAUUCUUGGCUUUUCUUCACCCAGAACAUAGCCGUGGAAUGCUCAAAUUCAUGGUUAGGGAGAUUAUCCGUGAUUUAGAUCAAGAUGGAGACAAAAGGUUGACUGUAUCGGAAUUCAUUUCAUUGCCAGUUGGCACAGUGGAAAACCAAGAGGCUCAAGACAUAGAUGACGAUUGGGUCAAGGAAAGAAGAAAGGAGUUUGAGGAGGUUAUUGAUGCUGAUCGAGAUGGCAUUGUCACAAUGGAAGAGCUGGAGGAAUACAUGGAUCCCAUGAAUGAAUACAGUGCCCUGAAUGAGGCCAAGCAGAUGAUAGCUGUUGCAGAUGAGAAUCAAGACCACUACCUUGAACUAGAAGAGAUCCUGAAAUACAGCGAGUACUUUACAGGAAGUAAACUAAUGAAUUACGCUCAGAGCGUUCAUGAAGAAUUCUGAAAAGCAAAGAUCCUGUAUCAGAAUCAUCUACUUGGAAUCUCCAGUUGUAUCAACCAGAAAUAUGCUUAUUGAAAAAUUGCUUUUCAUAUUACUGCUGUUUGUAUCCUGUUAAAUUUCCCCAGCUAUUCAAGACUUUGUCAACCUUAAAACAGUAAGACCGCUUAUUGCUUUGUGUAAAGUCUCAUCUCUCAGAGAAAACCAAGCAGUCCCCGCUUUAAUGCUAUAAUUUCUGAACGACCACAAAGUGUGAGAUGGAGCAGUGUUUAGGGACCAGUGAGUGUGACCAGUACUGUGUAUCACUCAGACAAGCUGGCCCAUAGAGGACUCUUGCAACAUUGUGCUAGGAUGAGACGAACUCUUCAUGCUGAGUAGUCACAAUUGCUGUACCUUGUUGAGUUUGCAUUGAGAUACAUCACCAUUGUCAGCUAUUGUGAAAUGUAAUAUGAAUCUCCACUAAGAUAUGGUGAAGAGCUUCUUGCUCAUCCUGCAAUCAGCAAUGGCACUGCUGUAACCAGGACACAGUGGUUACAUUAAUUGGUAAUGAAUGUCCUAUUAAUAAUCAAAAUUUGUAGUUUCCUUUUAAAAGCUUACAUGGCUGCUACAGUUGGUUUACAUGCAGUGAAUUUGCAAAUUACCUCAAAGGCAGCAAGAAACAACAGCAUGUACUGAGAUUGUGAGACUUCUAACCAUGAUCCCUAUCUAAAGUGUUAGUCCAGUAGACAUGCCAGACAGGAUUCUCUCUCCUAAUCUGAUCACAAUUUUUAUCACAGUGGUUUGUUGUGCCUUUGGAAAUACAAAAAUAGUGUAAGUGCAAAAGGCAAAGUUCAUCCAGUUGCAGAAGCAGGAUUCCUGAAUUCUGUCUCUAAAAUUCUGGUUUUGUCUGUGUGAUGUUUCACCACAGAUUUAUAUAAAUGAACAAGAUUACUGUCUCCCUCAAAAUGUACAGAGCUCAAGUUGUUUUUACCAUAAACUCGUCUGUCCAUGGUAAAUGCUGCCAGAUCGUAAUUAAGAAAUGGUUACCAGAGACUCUGAACUGUGCUUGAAGGAGAUAGUUAAUGAUCUUUAGUAUUAAUCCAGUGUUACUCUCUGCAAGAUUAGUGUUCUGCAAUCAAUACAGUAAUUUGAGUUGAUAUAUCUAUAUCAACAGAACUCUUUGAAAGGUUUUGUGGUAGAAGAUUUUCAGGAUAAUAAAGCAAUGUUUCAAUAUUGCUGUUUUUUUCCCUAGGAAUUAUCUUUGCAAUUGGUACCUAAUGCAUUUGUUUUCAUAGUUUUGCAGAAAGCCUAUGAUACAAGUUUAGAUCACAGAAGAGCAUUCCAGAAUGAGUGUCUCAAAAAGUUAGCUGUACCAGAUUAUGUUGCUGUGCUGGAAUUUCAUUAAACCACCAUUGAUAGUAACUAUUUGAGUUACCAGGGAAAAUCUGAUAAUUUUAUGAAUAUUUGCUUCAGUAAUUUGAACCAGCUUUAUCUUGCUAUACUUUCGGUUUGACGUUGAUUACCUUUUCUCAUAAUAUUUAUUGUUCAAGUGAAUCUGUUUAUGACACGUGCACUUAUCUAAUAAAAUCAUGGCUGAGAGAAAUAAAUGCAUUAGAAUUGUUUUUAGUGAUCAAAAUGAAGAAUAAUGUUUUCGCACGUGUUUAGAUGAGUUCCAGUGUUUCAGGGUGUUGUGGUACAACAUGACCCUUUUUGAGAUAUCAUGCAUUGCAAGCAUUGCUUUUGUAUCUUUGUGUAACCUAAUGUAAAGUUCCUCCCAAUCACACUGUGAUUUCCAAUUGCCUGCUAAAUGUAUUCCUCUACAGUGCACCAAAGGUUGUGACAAUUUAUUGUGAAUUUUAAAUAUUUUUUCAUUUUGUGAGGCACAACCAAAAUCAUUUGUGCAAAAGUGUAUGGAAUCAAGGAUUAUAUGACCCGGCUACCAUAAUUUAAAUAUCCGCUUAUUGUAACAAUGCAAAACAGUAGGUGCAACUGAACAUUCUUCAAAAGAUUUCAUUGUUAUGCUUUUGGAUGGGCACAUUUAACGCUUUAUUUGGUAUGAAUUGUAUAAGUAUCCGGUUGCUUGUAGUGAGUGAAAUUGGAAAGGAAAAAUAAGUAGAGUUUUCAUUUCCAAAUUAUAAAUUUUGCCACAAAACAACAAAAAAAUUAGAAUUGUUCCCCCAAAAUAGCAGUGCACAAAUUAACAGAGAAUGUGUCCAUCUGGAACAGAUGGAGACCAUUCCAACCCAUCUGAUUAGUUGUGUACUUGAAAAAUCACAAACAUUGUUAUUCAUAGAGAUGUACAGCAUGGGAUCAGACCCUUCGGUCCUUCCUCCAUCUUCUUUACUAUUUACAGGUAUCGAGUUUUCUUUUGAAUCUAUACACACUGUCAGUCUGUUACUUCCUCGUUCCUCCAUUUGUAUAAUGAGCAUAUCAGGUGCAAAGUAAUUUGUUCAUUUUCUUUAGUCUUUUGUGAUACUUUGUUAAGAUUUUACAGUAAUGCCUUGGAGCAAUUGUGUUCAGUUAAUAUCAUCCAUAAAACGUUGGAAAGAUCGCCAAGUUUAAAGGUAGGAGAAAGACUGAGACUCUUGAGUUUAAACUUUUUUCUGCCAGUAUUGGAAAAGAAGAUCUCAUUAAAAGUAUGUAAAACAACAUGAAACAAUAGAUAAACCCAGAAUAUAAUUCAAAAUAAAAUGAAGAAUAGAUCAAAAAUUCACAUUUAAAUGGGUGGAAAGUAGGUGGAGCUGCUAGCAUAGUGUCAUUGGACUGGUAAUACAGGGCCCCAGGGAGAUGUGAAGUCAAAUCCCAUCAUGGCAGCCAGUGGAAUUUAAACCAAUAAUAUUUUUUAUAAAUAACAUACAAAUGCUAAAACAGAUGAAAAAUUUGCACUAUAAAGCUUAGAAAUCAUAGAAUUACUCCAAUGAAAAUGUAGUCUUGAUCAUUUACAGUGACAUUAUCUGUCUAUACUGCUGUCUCCACAUUAUGGUAUUUCUUUUGUUUCUUUAAACCAUUUUGAAGGAGGUUUUUGAGUGAUACACUUUAAUGUGGAAUAACAGGGGAGAUGAACAGUCAGCUUUCAUUGUUCUUUCGUAAACCACAAGUGGUGCGGCAUGUUUUGUAAAACAGCCCAGUCUUUUCAGUCACAAAGUACGUGCAUCAACAAAUUUGAACAAUUGAAAUUUGAUAUUGUGCAUCUUUAAAUGUAUACAAGUAGAAAUGAUUUGAAUGUUUAUCGAGCAAUUAAAAUGGAAACAAGGUGGCAAAAUUU